AUGGCGAACGACCGCCAGCAUCAAGAUGCUUCAAGCGCCGAUACUGUUUUUGACCAGACCAAUGCGGAAAAACCCACUGUCGAUGCGCCCUCGGAAGAACCAACCCAAGCCCCGGUGGCCACUCAACCCGACAACGAUGCGGACAGUGUAGAGGAAAAGACUUCCGGAGGUGCGCCUCUAGAUCGGACACCGUCGCAAGCAGCAAAAAUGGGAAAAAAGAAGAUUAUAGCUGUCAUGGCGGCUUUAUGUUUGGCGUUAUUCUUGGCUGCUCUGGACAUGACUAUUAUCUCCACUGCUCUCCCCACCAUCGCGGCUCAAUUCGGUGCAUCCGAGAGUGGUUUUUCAUGGAUCGCCUCGUCGUAUCUUCUGGCAAACGCCGCCUGUAUUCCGUUAUGGGGAAAGAUUAGCGACAUCUGGGGCCGAAAGCGCAUUAUCGUGCUCGCCAAUGUUGCUUUCCUGGUUGGCAGUUUGAUUUGCGCCCUCGCGAAGAACAUGGCCAUGAUUCUGGCAGGCCGAGCGAUUCAAGGUGUUGGUGGUGGUGGCAUUAUCAUUCUGGCCAACAUCAGUGUCUCCGAUCUGUUCAGCAUGAGAGAUCGUCCAAUGUACUACGGUCUUUUCGGUGCAACCUGGGCCAUCGCGGGAGCUCUUGGCCCUAUUGUUGGUGGUGCCUUCACUACAAACGUGACUUGGCGCUGGUGCUUCUACCUCAACCUUCCUAUUGGAGGUGUCUCGCUUGUUAUUCUUAUCUUGUUCCUGCACAUUGAGUCACCAAAGACUCCAUUGCUGGCCGGUCUGCGCAGCAUUGACUGGGCAGGAACAUUUUUGAUUAUCGGUGGAACUCUGAUGUUCCUCUUUGGUCUGGAGUUCGGAGGUGUAAACUACCCGUGGGCUUCGGCCACUGUGAUUUGUCUAAUUGUUUUCGGCGUGCUCACCUGGACCUUGGCGAUGGUCUAUGAAUGGAGGUUUGCUAAAUUCCCCAUAAUUCCCUCGCGGCUGUUCAAUGAGUGGUACAACAUCCUCAUUCUCAUGGUGUGCUUCUGUCAUGGCUUUGUUUUCAUCGCUGGUACCUACUACCUGCCGCUUUACUUCCAAACAGUCCUGCAAGCGAACCCGAUUCUGAGUGGUGUUUACGUCUUGCCUAUGGUAUUGUCUCUUUCAAUUGCUUCUGUUUUCACUGGCAUCACCAUGAAAAAGACCGGUCGCUUCCGCGAGUUGAUCAUCGGUGGUAUGUUCUUCAUCCUCCUAGGAUUUGGUCUUUUCAUCGAUCUCAAGGCCUACGCUUCAUGGCCCCGCAUCAUCAUCUAUCAGCUCAUCGCCGGUAUCGGUAUUGGCCCCAACUUCCAGGCGCCUCUUGUCGCAUUCCAGGCCAACAUCCGUCCCGCCGACAUGGCCACCGCAACAGCUACAUUCGGCUUCGUUCGUCAACUUUCCACUUCGAUGUCUGUCGUUCUCGGAACUGUCAUCUUCCAAAACAUCAUGGGCCAACAGUCCGACAAACUCAUUGCCUCCGUUGGCGCUGAAACAGCCGCCACCAUUUCCGCAUCAUUCGCCGGUUCCUCCAAGUCUCUCAUCAACAGUCUCAACGCCUCUCAGCGCGAAGUUGUCCUGGGUGCCUACACGCAUGCUCUCAACCGCAUGUGGAUUUUCUACACUGCCGUCGCAGGCGUCGGCCUUAUUCUCUCUUUGUUUAUCCGCCGCCGCGAGCUUACAACCCACCACACUGUCCAAAAGACAGGCCUUGCUGAGCAAGAGCGUGCCCGCCAAGAACGGAUUGACGCUGAGCGCAAGACUGAGUCAAAGCCCGAGGUUGAGGUUUAA